AUGGGGUACUGCUCGUGCGAGGGCGAUCGCUACGGCAUAGACUGCAGCAUUCCCUCCGUGCGCUCGCCUCCCGACCUCUACCCCCCCGAAUGGCUGCGCAUACCCCUGCCCCACCAACCAGACUCCGAUUCCUCCUCUGAUUACCCUGAUCAGACCCCUGGUUCUGGCCCUGAUUCUCUUGGCUCAUCGAAUGUGAAUGAGGCAAGCGGUGGCAGCAGCAGCAGCAGCAACAGCAGCAACAGCAGCAACAGCAGUAUUGAAGGUGCAGCAGCACCAGCUCCUGCUGCAGCAGGAGGAGGAGUAGUAGCAGGGGGAGCAGCAGAAGCGGAGAGCACACGUGUGGCAGAGAUAGGGACCAUGGUGAACCGGACCCGCCCCCUCAUCUAUGUAUAUGACCUGCCGCCAGAGUUCACCUUUCACAAUCUAGAGGCGCGGCAGUGGAAGAGUUACUGUGGGCCGCGCGCAUACAGCCAUGAGAACGACACACUGUUCAACGAUGGAUGGCUCUAUGGACUAGAGACAGCGGUGUUUGAGGGGUUUCUGGGCAGCCCCCACCGCACGUUGGACGGUGACAGUGCGGAUUUCUUCUACGUGCCCCUCCUGGGCGCCUGCAUCAUCGCCCGCUCUGACGACUCUCCCCGAUUCCGCAUGGAGGGUCAAUUCAAGGCCCGGCGGCCGAACCUAGUAGCAGACUUCUAUCUCCGUGCUCUCGCCCACAUUCGCACCCACCACCCCUUCUGGGACCGGCACGGGGGCAAGGACCACAUAUGGAUGUUUGCAUGGGAUGAAGGCGCGUGCUACGCCCCUCAGGCCAUCUGGAGCAGCAUUAUGCUGGCGCACUGGGGGAAUACAGGGACCACGCACAAGGGGUGUACGACCGCGUAUUACCACGAUGAUUGGAGUGUAAUGGAGGAGAGUGUGAGGGGGGACCACCCGUGCUUCGACCCGGAGAAGGAUGUGGUGAUGCCGGCUUGGAAGGUUCCUGGCGUCUGGGCGCGGGCACAGAAGAUCAAAUCUCCCACACUGGAGACCCGCCCCACGCUCUUCUACUUCAACGGGAACCUCGGCAGUGCGUUCGAGCGCGGCCGCGUGGAGCCCAAGUACAGCAUGGGCAUUCGGCAGAAGGUGGCAGAGGAAUUCGCGUCGUCUCCCAACAAGGAGGGCCAGCUGGGGCGGCAGCACCAGGAGGACGUGGUGGUUACCAACAGAGCCACUGGCGAGUAUGGCAAGCAGCUCGCCGCAUCUCGUUUCUGCGGGGUGUUCCCAGGGGACGGCUUCAGUGCGCGCAUGGAGGAUGCGAUGCUGCACCGGUGCAUCCCCGUCAUCGUGCAGGACGGUGUGUGGAUGGCGUUUGAGAGGCACCUCAACUACUCCGAGUUUGCUGUCCGCGUGGCCGAGGAUGAUAUCCCCCACCUGGUGGACAUUCUAAGGGCCAUCCCCCCUAACCGCGUGCAGGAGCUUCUGUCAGGAGUGGAGUCGGUGUGGCAGCGCUGGGCGUAUGCGAGUGUGGCAAGGAUGGAAGGCAGGAGGCAGGCACACGGGGGAAGGCCGCAGCUGUGGAUGCCUGCAAUGGAGGACCUGCGGGGGGACGACGCUAUCGCUACGCUUCUACAGGUGUUGUUGUAUAAGAGGUGUAAUGACCCGUGGAGGAAGGAGGCUGGGCUGCCAGACUGGUGCAUGGCUAACGCUGCUGGUAGAUAA